CUCACCACAGGCACCACGACGGCAGAAGCUUUAAAUCUCGUGGAAAAGCUCAGAGAGACUGAACUUUUCUGGGGGCGAUCAGAUUGAAGGAUAUUAUUUUUCUUUUUCCUCUUUAAGAAGAAAGGCUUCUUUUAAAACAGACGAACAUGUCUCGGGUUUCGAAUAUUUUACCCGAUGAGGCGGUCUUUGAUGACUUCAAAAAACAGUGUUUAGCAACCGACAACUGGCAAAAUAAGUAUGACAACCAUGGGAUGCAAGUGUGGAUCGAGGUGCGCGCUGUGAAUAAAGGAAAUCACGUACCUAAAGUCCACAAGAUGAAGUGUAAAAUGAUAGUUAAGGAUGUGUCAGCUGCUACCAUGUUCGACGUCCUUCACGACAGCCGGUACCGCAAGAAGUGGGAUGUAACUAUGCAGGAGAGUUUUGACAUUGCCCGGCUCUCUGCUAAUGCUGAUGUGGGCUACUACUCAUGGCGUUGUCCAAUUCCAUUAAAGAACAGAGAUGUCGUGACACUGCGCUCGUGGCAGAUCACAGAUGACGAGUACAUCAUGGUUAACUUCUCAGUCAAACACCCGAAAUUCCCUCCUCGCAGCAACCUCGUAAGAGCCGUUUCCAUCCAGACGGGGUAUUAUAUCAAGGCCACAGGACCAAAUAGUUGCAUUUUUACAUAUCUUUCACAAGCAGACCCCAAAGGCUCUCUCCCAAAGUGGGUGGUGAACAAAGCAUCCCAAGUUCUUGCUCCUAAGGUAAUGAAGAGUGUGCACAAGGCGGGACAGGAAUACUCGAACUGGAAAAGUCAGAAUUCCCCCGAUUUGAAGCCCUGGCUGCACCCAGAGCAGAACACCCUUCCCAUGAUGGACCCCGCUGAGCUGUCAAUUCAGAGAGCAGACUCACUGGAAAAUGUGGACGAAAGCUCAAAGCUGGAUGCUAACGAAGGGGAGGACAGCAGCUAAAUUGAACGAUAGUGAUGGGAGGAAAGGUGGACAAAGACGGAGAGAUUGAGAGGUGGACUGUAGAUGGACUUGAGGUCUCCGGCUCUCUGUGAUGUAACCAUGAUCCUCCAGUUCUAAAUCGGUGUGCCUUCGAGGAUGAGCAAGAGCAUGAAGUGUUUACAACCGUCUGACAAGAUGGAAAUGAGCACAGAUCAAGUUGCCAUCACCUCAGUCUGUGUUGAGCUAAGCUAACUUCCACUGUACAGGGUUAGAGGUGUUGGGGUUUGAAUGUGACACAUUUGCAAUACUACAUUUACAAUUGGACCAAAGACAGUCGAUCUUUAGCUGCAGCUACGUGAACAAAAUUUAAGUGGAAGAAAGGGAAAUAUACUUGACUUCUAGCAGGUCAUUAUUAGUGACUGUGAAUAGAAAUGAGAUUAGAAAGUUGGCAAACACCUGUGGAGAAUUGUGACACUAACUUCUCUUCAGAAUAUUGCAAAGGAAUCGAGUAUGAAAACAGCUGAAACUGUUUCAGCUCACUUUAUCUUUCUUUUGGGGUUGUAGUAGACACAGAACGAUGAUAACUUUGUGAUCAUUUAUACUUAAACAUUUUGUUAAUAUGUUCACAGCAUAAUGUACAGGUAGCAACUUGUGGGGCAGGUUGUCUUUAGGUUUGUAAUUAGGAAGGCUCUUUUUGAAGGUGUGUUGCCUUUACUCAGACGUUGUGCAACCAUGGUGUUUGCAUUGUAAAUUAUUACAAAUGGUGGAGUUUCACUGGUCCACAAGGAAGGCACCGAAGUGAACUCCCAGUUAGGUUGUAUUGCCAAGUCACAAUACACACAGAAUUAUUGUAUUUUGUUAGUUGAAUAUCAGUUGACCUGAAGGAUUGGAAUGACCAUAAAGGCUUUUUUAUUUAUUUCAAGUUGAUGUAAAUUGAUGAAGUAAUGGCCUGGGAUGAAGCCCCUGUAGGUUGACAUUUUUUUUU